AUGGCGGGUUUACAAGACCGUUUGCCGCAGCGCUCGGCACCAGGCCCCUCUCAGACCCAGACAGAAACGCAGAGCAGGACGGGCACGCAGGCAAUUCUACGGCUGAGAGGUGCCCACGCUCCAUCUAGGCAGUCGGUGCGAUGGGCGGAAGACGUGGUGGAUAACGAGGGCCUGGGACGCAAGAGCUCAAAAGUCUGCUGCAUCUACCACCGCCCCAAAGGCGUAGACGAAUCCAGCGACGAGUCCUCCUCGGACUCCUCUGACGACUCUUCCGACUCGGAGGCGGACACCAACGGCGGGCGUAGGAGGGUACCCUCAGGAGACCACAAGGGUAAGGGUAAAGGAAAGAAGAGCGGUAAGCGGGGAGACCAUGACCACGACUGCGGCGACCACGAUCACGACCACAGCGGCCACGGGCAUGGGAGGAAGGCUGGUCGCGAGGGGAGCGAGAAGAGGCGGCCUAGCCCGAAUGCGUAUGAGAGGGUGCCGAAGCCACCUAAGCCCAAGGAUGAGGGGAGCGGUGGUUCGCCGGCCAAGGCUUGA